UCAGGAGAAAGCGCGAAAGCAGAAGUAGUUAAUGCGGUGUUUCUAACUUUGUCCAAAAAUGUCAAGGUACGAUUCCCAUAGCGAAGGCCCGGGUUUUGUCGGUAUCAGAUUUUGUCAAGAAUGUAAUAACAUGUUGUACCCUAAAGAAGACAAGGAAAACAAAAUUUUGUUGUAUGCCUGUAGAAACUGUGACUACAAACAGCAUGCAGAUUCGAAAUGUAUUUACGUAAAUAAAAUUAUGCACGAAAUUGAUGAAUUAACUCAUAUCAAUCCCGAUGUUAUAUCAGAUCCGACACUUCCCAGAACUGAAGAUCACCACUGUCCAAAGUGUCAGCAUAGGGAGGCUGUAUUUUUUCAAGCGCAAACCAGGAGGGCUGAAGAAGAAAUGAGACUUUAUUAUGUUUGCACUAACCCACACUGUUGUCACAGAUGGACCGAAUAAAUGUUUUGAAUUUUCUUAAAA